AUGGCUCCCGUCGCCACCAGCCACGAAAACACCCGUCAGGUUCGUUUCGUUGACAAACUCAACGUCGCCGAGCAAGUUGCCGUUCACGAAGAAGCCAUCUCUUCCGACUCACUCGAGGCUAGCGGCUUUGAUGAAGUAGAGCGCUCCACCCACUUUUGGGCCGGCUCCUUGCCCGCUGCCCAGGGUCUCUACGAUCCCGACAAUGAGAAGGAUGCUUGUGGUGUCGGUUUCAUCUGUCAGAUCAAGGGCAAGCCUGCCCACAAGAUUGUCUCCGAGGCUCGCUUCCUCCUCUGCAACAUGACCCACCGUGGUGCCGUCGGUGCCGACGCUCGUGACGGUGACGGUGCCGGUGUCAUGACCGGUAUCCCAGACACCUUUUUCCGCCGCGAAUCUGAGCGCGACCUUGGCGUCAAGCUCCCUGCUCAGGGCCAGUACGCUGUUGGUAACUUGUUCUUCAACCCCAAGGACGACAACGCUCGCGCCGAGCACGUUCACACCUUCACCACCAUUGCAGACAAGCUCGGCCUUCGCGUUCUCGGAUGGCGUGACGUCCCCGUUGAUAACUCGAUCCUUGGUCCCGCUUCCAAGAGCAAGGAGCCCAAGAUCAUGCAACCCUUUGUCGUUCUCAAGGACCACUAUGGCUCCGGCUCCACCCCUCUCGAAACCUCCAAGCCCUUUGACGAGCAGUACUUUGGCCGUCAGCUCUAUGUACUCCGCAAGCACGCCACCCACACCAUCGGUCUCCAGAACUGGUUCUACAUCUGCUCGCUCAGCCCCACCAACAUCAUCUACAAGGGUCAGCUCAGCCCCGUUCAGGUGUACAACUACUACUACGAUCUCAACAACGUUCACUAUGCCUCGCACUUUGCCCUCGUCCACUCCCGUUUUUCCACCAACACCUUCCCAUCUUGGGACCGUGCUCAGCCCAUGCGAUGGGCUGCUCACAACGGUGAGAUCAACACCAUCCGUGGUAACAAGAACUGGAUGCGUGCCAGGGAGGGUCUCCUCAAGUCCGAGACCUUCGGUGACGAGCUCGACCUGCUCUACCCCAUCAUCGAGGGUGGUGGAUCCGACUCGGCUGCUUUCGACAACGUCCUCGAGCUUCUCGUCAUUAACAAGGUCCUCACCCUUCCACAGGCGGUCAUGAUGAUGAUUCCCGAGGCUUGGCAGGGUUCCGCCGACCACAUGGAACCCGAGAAGGUUGCCUUCUACCAGUGGGCCGCCUGCCUCAUGGAGCCAUGGGACGGUCCUGCGCUCUUUACCUUUGCCGAUGGUCGCUACUGCGGUGCCAACUUGGACCGAAACGGUCUCCGUCCUUGCCGAUACUACAUCACCGACGAUGACAUCAUGAUCUGCGCCUCCGAGGUCGGCACCGUCACCAUCGACCCCAAGACCGUCAUCGCCAAGGGCCGUCUUCAGCCCGGUAAGAUGCUGCUCGUCGACACCGUCGAGGGUCGUGUCGUCGAGGACCGUGAGCUCAAGCUGAGCACGGCUCAACGCGCCGACUUUGCCGCUUGGCUCGAGAACCAGCUGUUGCGCCUGCCCGAGAUCGUCGACACCGUUCGUCGCAACACUGCAAACGCCAUCGCCCCCGUUCUCGACGACGAGCGUCUCAGCACCGACCCCAAGCUGCUUGCCUUUGGUUACACUGCCGAGCAGAUCAACCUUCUCAUGCUUCCCAUGGUUGCCGAUGGCAAAGAGGCGCUCGGUUCUAUGGGUAACGACGCACCGCUUGCUUGUAUUUCGUCUGCUCCUCGCGUCAUUUACGACUACUUCCGCCAGCUCUUUGCUCAGGUCACCAACCCUCCCAUCGACCCCAUUCGAGAGUCGGUCGUCAUGUCGCUCGAGCAGUAUGUCGGUCCCGAGGGCAACCUUCUCGAGAUGAAGCCCGAGCAAUGCCAUCGUCUCCUGCUGCCUUCGCCCAUCCUCUCCAUCGACCAGCUCAACGCCAUCAAGCAGAUCGACACGGUCCACUCUGACUGGUCUGCCAAGACCAUCGACAUCACCUACGACAAGGGUGAGGGCAUCAUCGGCUACGAGCGCACCCUCGACCGCAUCUGCAGCGAGACCUCGCAGGCCAUCCGUGACGGCUACCGUGUCGUUGUCCUCUCCGAUCGAGCCGUCGGCGCCGACCGCGUCGCUAUCUCGUCGCUCGUUGCCUGCGGUGGUGUUCAUCACCACCUCAUCCGCAACAAGGAGCGCAGCCGCAUUGCCCUCAUGAUCGAGUCUGCCGAGGCUCGUGAGGUGCAUCACAUGUGUGUCCUCCUUGGCUACGGUGCCGACGCCAUCUGCCCUUGGCUCGCCAUGGAGGCUAUUCUCAAGGUCUCGCGCGAGGGUCUCGUCAAGGGCGAUCUUUCGCCCAACCAGCUCAUCGACAACUGGACCCACGCUGUCGACAAUGGUAUUCUCAAGGUCAUGUCCAAGAUGGGUAUCUCGACCCUCGCCUCGUACAAGGGUGCCCAGAUCUUCGAGGCUCUCGGUCUCGCCAGCGACGUCGUCGACCGCUGCUUUGCCGGUACCGCUUCGCGUGUCUCGGGUUCCGACUUUACGCUCCUCGCCAUGGACGCUCUCGAAUUCCACGACCGCGGCUACCCCUCGCGAGACACCAUCUCGGUGCCUGGUCUCCCCGAGUCCGGUGAGUACCACUACCGUGACGGUGGUGAGGCUCACAUCAACGACCCCAUGGCCAUCGCCCACCUCCAGGAUGCCGCUCGUGAGCGCAACCAGGCCUCCUGGGAUGCUUACAGCAAGGCCUCACACAAUGCCGUCAAGGCCACCUCGUUGCGUGGUCUGCUCGACUUUGACUACACAAAGUCGCGUGCCAUCCCCAUUGACCAGGUCGAGCCCUGGACCGAGAUUGUACAGCGAUUCUGCACCGGUGCCAUGUCGUACGGCUCCAUCUCGAUGGAAGCCCACUCGGCGCUCGCUAUUGCCAUGAAUCGCCUCGGCGGUAAGUCCAACACUGGUGAAGGUGGUGAGGACGCUGAGCGUUCCAUCCCCCUCCCCAACGGUGACUCGCUCCGAUCCAAGAUCAAGCAGAUCGCCUCGGGCCGAUUCGGUGUUACCAGCAACUACCUUGCCGACUCGGACGAGCUCCAGAUCAAGAUGGCCCAGGGUGCCAAGCCUGGUGAGGGUGGCGAGCUGCCCGGUCACAAGGUCUCGCCUUCCAUUGCCCGCACCCGUCACUCCACUGCCGGUGUCGGCCUCAUCUCACCUCCUCCUCACCACGACAUUUACUCGAUCGAGGAUCUGAAGCAGCUCAUCUACGAUCUCAAGUGCGCCAAUCCUCGCGCACGUGUCAGUGUCAAGCUCGUCUCCGAGGUCGGCGUCGGAAUCGUCGCCUCCGGUGUCGCUAAGGCCAAGGCCGAUCACAUUCUCAUCUCGGGCCACGACGGUGGUACCGGUGCCUCCCGAUGGACUGGUAUCAAGUACGCUGGUCUUCCUUGGGAGCUUGGUCUCGCCGAGACCCACCAGACUCUUGUCCUCAACGACCUCCGUGGCCGUGUCACUGUCCAGACCGACGGUCAGAUCCGUACCGGUCGCGACGUCGCCAUCGCCUGUCUACUCGGCGCCGAAGAGUUCGGCUUUGCCACAACGCCGCUGAUCGCUCUCGGAUGCAUUAUGUUGCGCAAAUGUCAUCUCAAUACCUGCGCAGCUGGCAUUGCUACACAAGAUCCCGAGCUUCGCGAGAAGUUCGCUGGCCAGCCCGAGUCGGUUAUCAACUUCUUCUACUACUUGGCAGAGGAGCUCCGAUCUUACAUGGCGAAGCUCGGUCUUCGUACCAUCAACGAAAUGGUUGGUCGAUCCGACUUGCUCAAGGUUGACGAUAGCCUUCGCACACCCAAGACAGCCAACCUCGACCUCAGCGCGAUUCUCAAGCCGGCACACGAAAUGCGUCCUGGCGCAGCAACGUACAAGGUUCGACAGCAAGACCACAAGCUUUACGUUCGUCUCGACAACAAGUUUAUUGACGAGGCUGAGCCCGCCCUGACGCAGGGCCUGCCUGUCCAGAUUGAUUGCGAUGUCGUUAACACCGACCGAGCUCUCGGAACCACUUUGUCUUAUCGUGUCUCCAAGCUGUACGGUGAAGAAGGCCUGCCCACUGACACCAUCCACAUCAACGCCAAAGGUUCCGCUGGUCAGUCGUUCGGUGCAUUCCUUGCGCCUGGAAUCACCAUCGAGCUGGAAGGAGACGCGAACGAUUAUUCGGGCAAGGGUCUCAGCGGUGGUCGUCUCAUCGUCUACCCGCCCAAGGUUUCCCCCUUCAAGGCCGAAGAGAAUGUCAUUGUCGGUAACACUACCCUUAUGGGCGCCACAAGCGGCUUUGCCUAUUUCCGUGGUCUAGCAGCUGAACGUUUUGCUGUCCGCAACUCUGGUGCACAUGCCGUUGUCGAAGGAGUGGGAGAUCAUGGUUGUGAGUAUCAGACCGGUGGCCGCGUUGUUGUCCUUGGCCCUACUGGACGUAACUUCGCUGCCGGUAUGUCGGGUGGUAUCGCUUAUGUUCUCGACAUGAACCGCGAUUUCCGCAGCAAGUGCAACACCGAGAUGGUUGAACUUGGCCCCGUCAAGGACCCCAAGGAGAUUGCUGAGCUUCGCAACCUGAUCGAGAACCAUCGCCACUACACUGGCUCCACCGUUGCCGACCACGUUCUGCACGACUUCCACCACAUCCUCCCUCGUUUCGUCCGCGUCAUGCCUCUUGACUACAAGCGCGUUCUCGAGGAGGAGGCUGCCAAGGCUGCCGUUGAGAAGAAGCGCUCGAGCCAUGUCGACUUGCUCGGCACCCUGUCGCGCCACGGCAGUCAGGUCGAGAUCCUGCCUCAAGAGGACAACGCCAAGGACAACGCUGCCGACGGUGUUCGCGAGAUCCCUGCUGCCAAGCCUGUUGAGCCUGCUGUCGUCGACGUCGAGGACUCGAUGGUUGAUGACGAGACCGCCAAGGCCAGGCUCAACAAGCUCGACAAGACUCGCGGCUUCAUGAAGUACAAGCGUCUCGGCGAGCACUACCGCAACCCCACCAAGCGUGUCAAGGACUACAAGGAGCUUUCGACUCGUCUCAGCGAGGCCGAGCUCAAGUACCAGACCGCUCGUUGCAUGGACUGCGGUGUUCCCUUCUGCCAGGGUGACACUGGUUGCCCUAUCUCCAACAUUAUCCCCAAGUGGAACGACCUCGUCUUCAAGGGUCAGUGGGAGGACGCGCUCAACCGUCUCCUCAUGACCAACAACUUCCCCGAGUUCACUGGUCGUGUCUGCCCUGCUCCUUGCGAGGGCGCAUGUGUGCUCGGUAUCAUCGAGCAGCCCGUCGGCAUCAAGUCGAUCGAGUGCGCCAUCAUCGACAAGGGCUUUGAGGAGGGUUGGAUGGUACCUCGUCCUCCCAAGGUCCGCACCGGCAAGACCGUUGCCGUCAUCGGUUCCGGUCCCGCCGGUCUCGCCACCGCUGACCAGCUCAACAAGGCUGGUCACUCGGUCACGGUUUACGAGCGUGCUGACCGAAUUGGUGGUCUGCUCAUGUACGGUAUCCCUAACAUGAAGCUCGACAAGGGUGUUGUUCAGCGCCGUGUCGACCUGAUGGCUGCCGAGGGUAUCAACUUUGUCACCAGCACUCACGUUGGCCGCGACGUUGACCCUAAGCAGCUCCACGCCCAGAACGACGCCAUCGUCUACGCUGUCGGCGCCACCUGGCCUCGUGACCUCAAGGUGCCUGGUCGUGAGGCUGACGGUGUGCACUUUGCCAUGGACUUCCUUGCACCCAACACCAAGUCGCUUCUCGACUCUGGUCUGCAGGAUGGUCAUUACCUCAGCGCCAAGGGUAAGGAUGUCAUUGUCAUUGGCGGUGGUGACACUGGUUGCGAUGCUCAGGCCACUGCCCUUCGUCACGGUGCCAAGAGCAUCGUCAACUUCGAAUUGCUUCCUCAGCCUCCCAAUGAGCGAGCCAAGGGCAACCCCUGGCCUCAGUUCCCGCGAGUCUUCAAGGUGGACUACGGUCACGCCGAAGUGGCCGCUCAGUGGGGCUCGGACCCGCGUGAGUACUGCAUCUCGACCACCUCGUUUGAGAAGGAUGCCGACGGCAAGCUCAUCGCGCUCAACACGAUCAAGGUCAACUGGGAGCUCGAUGCCUCUGGCAAGUGGCAGAUGAACAAGAUUCCUGGAUCCGAGAAGCGAUGGCCAUGCGACCUUUGCCUGCUCUCGCUCGGUUUCCUCGGACCUGAGAACGACGCGGUCACCGCGCUUGGCCUCGAGCAGGACGGUCGAUCCAACAUCAAGGCUGACGACCAGAAGGGCAAGUCGCCUUACAAGACCAACGUUGAGCGUGUAUACACUGCCGGUGACUGCCGACGUGGUCAGUCGCUCAUCGUGUGGGGUAUCCAGGAGGGUCGUGCUUGCGCAGCUCAGGUCGACCGAGAUCUCAUGGGCAACACGCGUCUCCCAUGGGCCGGCUCGAUCAAGAAACGUGAAUUCUUGCCCAUCACUGGUGCUGAAAAGACACAGGUCGCUGCUACCGCCUAA